CAACACAGUUCUCUUGACCUAAUCAUCAUCAUGCGUCUCCAGCUAUCCAGUCUUUUGGUGCUACCCAUCCUGCGUGCUCUAGCCUCUCAGAGCGAGCAAGUGGUCAUGGAUCAUGACUCUGUCUAUGUUCCCCAGCAAUCCCAACGCCCAUCAUUGGCGGACCUGCUCACCAUCCAGUCGUCCGCAUCCAUCUUCUAUUCCUACGCGCGCGAGCUCGAAACGAGCACCGUGUUCUCAUCUCUGACCCACGAGCCUGUCACCCUGCUCGUCCCGACGAACAAGGCUGUGAUGUCUCUCUCACGCAAGCCUCAUCAAGGUCCGGUUCCCAUCCAGGAUGGUGUCAUCCUUACAGAACAAGAAUACGACUCGCGUUCAAAGGAGAAUGUGGAGCGCUGGAUUUCGGCGCACAUCAUUCCAGAAUCUCCGAUAUCCUUUGACGGCCGAACAUAUCCCACCAUGCUGGAUGGGCGAUCUGUCAUGUUUGAGCUCGCCGAAGGUGGGGAACCCAAUGAGUGGAGUCGAGCCGUCCUUGACGGGCAUGUUCACAUCAUCUCAAAGCAUGAGGCUUCGAAUGGGGUACUGUACUUCAUAGACGGCACCGUGUCCCUCGAUUAAUCUAACUAAACACGUACACCUCUCGUCCCUGUAAUUCCUAGUGUGAGAGCUAAGCUGGCGUUUGCAUGUGGGUAUCUCUAUCUGCGACCGUUGUUGUCGGCCACUGGUGUGCUAUAAAGACAUGGCACUUCGAGGACUAGGAACAAGGACCCCUCGAACGACAUCCUCCAAACCACCCAAUCUACCUGCAUUACCGACACCCAUGGCCUGCGGAUCCAACACCUGUUCCAACUGCACCGCGACUUGCGGCUGCAAAACCAAUGACUGCAAGUGCAACAAAUAGAUGGCGACUUGAUCUCCAUGUCCCGCGCGGGCUUCUGCCUAGUACAGAUCUAUAGCUCUAGUUUCGCUUGAAUCCAGUUUCCUCCUUUGUUGCCCUAUGCGCGUUCGUGAUAGCACAAGUGGCGCGUCAACGGUCCCGUAUGAGUCGACGGCACUCGAC